AUGAAGUCCUCCGAUAUCGACCAGGAUUUAUUUACAGACAGUUACUGCAAGGUGUGCAGUGCACAACUGAUAUCUGAAUCUCAGCGCGUGGCCCAUUACGAGAGUCGAAAACAUGCAAGCAAAGUUCGACUGUACUACAUGCUUCACCCUAGGGAUGGUGGGUGUCCUGCCAAGAGGCUCCGGUCAGAAAAUGGAAGUGGUGCUGAUAUGGUGGAUAAGAACAAGUGCUGCACACUUUGCAACAUGUCUUUUACCUCAGCGGUGGUGGCUGAUUCCCAUUAUCAAGGCAAAAUCCAUGCCAAAAGGUUAAAGCUGUUGCUAGGAGAGAAAACUCCGCUAAAGGCUACAGCAACCCCCCUGAGCUCACUUAAGCCUCCCAGGGUGGACACUGCUCCGGUGGUCACAUCGCCCUAUCAAAGAAGAGAUUCAGACAGAUAUUGUGGGCUCUGUGCAGCCUGGUUUAAUAAUCCCCUGAUGGCCCAGCAACAUUAUGAUGGGAAGAAACACAAAAAGAAUGCGGCAAGAGUUGCUUUAUUAGAACAACUUGGGACAACUCUGGACAUGGGGGAACUAAGAGGUCUGAGGCGUAAUUACAGAUGUACCAUCUGCAGUGUCUCUCUAAACUCAAUAGAACAGUAUCACGCCCACCUGAAAGGAUCUAAACAUCAGACCAACCUGAAGAAUAAAUAG